AUGCGCUACAACACCAUUGCUGGCGCGGUCCUGACCGCUGCCUCUGCCGUCAUCGGCAAGGAGAUUGCCAAGGACGAGGCCCUCGCUGCUGAGUUCUACGACAAUGGCGCGCUCCACGAGCACAUCAUGGCCGAGAAGCUCUCCUUCUGGCAGGGCGAACAGGCCGCCGGUCUGCUCGACUCGACCAAGUGGCCCCGCCUCAACUACACCAAGUGUGUCAACGGCAAGGCCGAGGCCGUCAAGGGGGACCCCCUCCACACCUUCCGGUGCAAGAACAUCGACCUCUACGACUUUGUCAACCACGCCGAGCUCGGCUCCCCCGGCUCGGACGUGCAGCUCCGCACCGGCUCGGGCUCGUGGGGCUGGGUCCACGAGGAGUCGGGCCGUGAGUUCGUCGCCAACGGCCAGUACGACGGCACCUCGUUCAUCGAGAUCCUGCCCGAGGGCAAGAUCAAGGUGCUCGGCUUCCUGCCGGCCGUCGUGCCCGCCGCCGCGCGCUCCCUGUGGAAGGAGGUCCGCCGCUACAAGAACUACAUUGUCGUCGGCUCCGAGCUCGAGGGCCACGGCGUCCAGAUCUUCGACCUCACCAAGCUGCUCGACAUUGAGCUCAAGGCUGGCGACAAGCCCGUCCGCUUCGGCAAGGCCGACCUCACCGGUUGGUUCAACGACCUGCCCAUCGGCUCGUCUCACAACGUCGUCAUCAACGAGGAGGCCGGCUACGGCGCCUCGGUCGGCUCGCGCCCGCGCAACGAGAGCGCCCUCGGCGGCUUCAUCUUCUUCGACUUGAAGGACCCCUCCAAGCCCGUCAAGCUCGGCAUUGCCAAGGACGACGGCUACGUCCACGACGCUGAGUGCCUCAUCUACCGUGGCCCCGACUCGCGCUACGACGGCCGCGACAUCUGCUACGCCUACAACGAGGACUCGCUGACCAUCUACGACGUCACCGACAAGUCCAAGCCCCUGAUCGUCUCGAUCACCAGCUACACGGGCGUCCAGUACACCCACCAGGGCGCCGUCCUUGACAAGAAGUGGCAGCAGUACCUGAUCCUCGACGACGAGUACGAUGAGGUCGGCCGCACCGGCCCCCACGUCGGGCCCGCCAUCGACGGCUACCCCGUCACCUACAUCUGGGACAUCUCGGACCUCGAGGCGCCCAAGCAGACGGGUCUCUACAAGGGCACGGUCCGCUCCGUCGACCACAACCAGUACGUCAACAAGUACGACGGCCUCGUCUACCAGUCCAACUACGGCGCCGGCCUGCGCGUCUACGACGUGUCGUCCAUCCCCGAGGACCCCACCGGCGACUCGGUCUGCGAGGUCGCCUACUUUGACAUUUACCCCGAGGACGACUCGGCCCCCGGCGGCGGCAACCCGGCCUUUGUCGGCUCGUGGUCCUCGUACGCCGAGUUCCCCUCGGGCUACGUCUGGAUCAACACCAUCGAGCGCGGCGGCUACCUCGUCAAGGUGACCAAGCGCGAGAAGUGCAAGCCCAAGACGUGCAACGCCGACAACUGCCUGCGCGCCCUGCGGCGCCAACUCGGUCGCCGGCCGCCUCGAGGAAUCGCAGGAGUUCUGCGCCGGCUUCCUCGACGGCUGGGAGGCUGA